AUGAUUCCUAUAGUUCCUAUAAUAAAAUAGUUUGUUCAUGAAGGAUAACAAUUCUUUACAGCAAAGGACAUUUUUGAUAAGAAAUAAAAUGAAUUAGUAUAAUUAAUUUGUUAAGUGACUUAAUCAUUAGAACAAGUUGAAUACUUUGAUAAUAUACAAGAAGAUUUAUAUAGAAGUGAAUAGAAACAACUAAUAUAACAAUGCAAGGAUCUUUUGCAUUCAGGUGAAUUACUAUUACAAUCGUUGCCUUCUAAUCUUACUUUGUAAUUUAUUUUUUUCUUAUUAGUUUAAGAAUAAACGGUUACUUUUACAGUAAGAGUAACAAUUAUAAGGAACUGUUAUUAUGUAUAGAAGAUUUAAAUAAAAUAAAUGGUUAAAUACAUGAAUUAGAAUUGUAAUCUUUAGAGAUUCUAAAAACAGUAGUAAUACCUAAUUUCUCAAGAAAAUAAUCAUUCUAAUGUAUAUAAUAUUGAUUAUGAUUAGAAUCAAUAUAUGAAAUUCAAAUUGUAUUAAAACUUAAAGCUCCUAAACUAAUUAAAGAAAUAUUUGAUUAAUACCCUAGACAUCUAAAAAGUGAAUACAAAUUUAAAAUUCAAAUGGAAGAUGCUGAAUCUCAUAAAAAUAUAUUCCAUUUUUCAAGAAAGGAAUUUAUAAAACUCUAAUAAAUAAUGAAGGAAGCUAAAAUAUAUACCUUAUCCAAAAAAAAUCAUUGUACUUUAGAAAUGAGAAAUUCUCUUCAAUAUUCUCAUUCUAAAAAAAAUACUUUCAUUCCUGAUACAAAGUUUAUAUCAUCUGAAAUAAUUUCAAUAGAAAAUUUAUAAUAAGAUUAAGAUAAUAAGUCUAAUUUAUUAAAAUUAUUUUUGGUUGUGAAUGGAUAGAAUGGAACUACAGUUAUAAGAAAUUAAAGAACUAAUAUGCAUGUAGGUCUUGGUUAAGAAUGUGAAUUGUUUGAGAAAGAUUAGAUAGUUAUUUUAUAAGAUUCUAAUCAGGACCCAUUAAUUUCAUAUAUAGUUUAAUUAAUGAUGAUUAAAUUAUGA